GAAAAAGUCAGUUGCAAUUUUCGUUUGUUUCAACCCAGACAGAUACGACUUCGGACGAUCUUCCUCGGGAAAGUUUGACGACUGUCGCCCUCGUUGGCCCCACAGGAAGUCGCUCCUCGUUUCCUUACCAUAUAUGGGAAGAUCAGCGGAAUUCUCCACAUGGCGUCCCGCACCUCCGCCAUAUUGCUGCUGUUAUUCGCCCAAGCUUUGUCAGUGGCUUACACAGAGAGAAGAACGCUUUCCACAAACCUUCCUUCGACCGUGUACAUGCAGCCCCGUCAGCCAGGUCUCCUUACUGUUGACUUUACCUUCGAAUUUGCGGAAAGGACCGUGAAGCAUCAGUGUGAUCUCGUCAGCAGCGUCAUCUGGUUUGAGAUCAAGCUGUUUCAGGCGAGUCGUGAGCUUUUGGAAGGGUUUAGAUUGAGAAGGAAAGCUCUGGGUCAGGUCGGCUUUCUUGCAGGUCUAAGGAGAGGAAUGAGAAUUUCCGAGAGUUGGUUGAUGGAUCCCGCGGUCACUUGA